UUAUGGGUGUCACAUUCUCUUGAAUUCUUGACUUUUCGAGCGAAUUGCUCUGUUCUCACAUUAUUACUGUUGUAUGUAGCAGACAUUUUCCAAGAAAUUAAAAUGAACAAUCGACGGAGACGUGCUCAUAAUUUUGAAGAUUCCUUAAAUAGUUUUCAUCAAACAAUAAAUAAGGAUGAAUCAAAUCAGGUAUCAGAUGAAUUUCAUAAACAUAGCUGCUCGGAGAAUACAUCUUGUGUUGAGUCUGUAAUUCUAGCCGGUAGUUCAACCAAUCAGCAAUUUAUCUCAGAUUCGUGCAAUAUUGCUGAGGAAAGGUAUAAUAUAGCAUAUAAAAACAGAUAUCCUUUGUUGAUGGAUGAUACAUUGAUUGUAUCAGAUGGAACAUCAUAUUUGUCAAUCAAACCAGACUUGAAUAAAUGUAUAAAUUUAUUUAAUAAUGAAUACCUGAAUAAUGAAUAUGAUGGUGCUAAAAAACAAUUAAGUCCUACACUCUCUGAAACUAAUGUCAGCCAAGACAUUAAUUUUUGUAAUUUAAAUAAAAAGUUUAUGGGACAACAGGACCUUAAUCGUCCACGUUCUAUGUCAGCAGAGUCACUGAGAAAUAUAAUACUUAAUCGAGAACUUAAAAGAUCAAAAAGUUACACUGUGCUUGAUAAAGCUUUGAGGAGGGAUAGGAAUUACAAUAUUAAAGGUGACCGACUUUCUUCUCCUACUAAAAAUACAAUGAAAAAAACAAGUCACAAGGAAGUUGAAAUAAUCGUUCCUUCUUUUGAAGCAUUAUCAUUAUCAAAACAUUCUGCUUUAUUAAACAGAAAAGAUGAUUCUUCAAAAGAAAAUCAGCAUGAUUCAAAUAGCGAAAUGAGUUCCAAAGACGAACUUAGUCCUUUUGAGUUAAAAGCAUUGCUACAGUCAUUGGCAGAUCAAAAGUUAGUGAAAGAAACAGCUGUGCAACAACGUUUGCUAAGGCGUUUAUCUGUAGAUUACCACGACGCACCAAAAGUUUUUACAGAAAAUUUACUAACGAUAAUCGAAGAAUCUGUUAUAAAUAACGAUUCUCACGCACAGUCACAUUAUCCAGAACUCAGUUUAUUUAGAUUUAACGAAGAACUUCGAAAGAUGCGUAAAUUUUUAGAGGACGAGACCAUCCCUGAAUGGCCAGAGUCUCCUGGCAUGUCGACACCAAUUUGCACGAAAAGAAAAAGCCAAGAGCCUAAUGAUCUCUUGCGAAAAUCUCUAAGUACUUUAUCUCCUGAUAAAGGCCUACAUUUUACAACGUCUGUUUCUUCCCAAUGUAAUACUAAAAGCCCCAAGAAAGCGUGUUGGCGUAUGUCAAAAAAUACUUCCUAUGUUCCGAAAAAUUUAUUGAACGAUACAAAUACGUUUGAAAGCUUAGAAGUGAUGUGCAAACAAUUAUUUCCUGAUAAUGACUAUACUGUCUCAAGGGAGAAGAAUCUGUUACAGUCUCCUUUACAAAAUAUGGCUAAUAUCUUGCGUACUUGUGAAAACCAAAUGGCCUCUUUGGAGAAUUCACCUAUCAUUCACGAGCAGAUAAAAAAAGCUGGAACGUGUACUUCGGAGUCAACAUAUCAACACAAUAAAUUACCUGAAGAGAGUCUGGAAUAUAGAUUAUUACUAAAUGAAAAGUACGAUAGAAUGGAUUCGGAGGCAGUACUUGAUAUACUUAAGCAGCAAACAAAACAUGGUAAGCAUCAAGAAAUAAUCGAACCGAACGAUUUUGAGAGUACGGUCAUGUAUGAGAUCGCAAAAAAAAGACAGAGGUGUCUCGACACAGCAAAGAUAGUGAUGGAAAUUGAUGAAAAUUUCACGCCAACGAAAGAAGUUCAUCCGAAUAUCAAUGAUUCUUCGAUUGAUGUCGAUGAUAAAUUAAUGAAAACUCUCAUGAGUGUAAAGAAAUAUCAGGAUGAUUUGGAAAAGUACAAAUCUUUGCUCAAUUUAUUUCAUCGAACGAGAUUGAGCAGUCCUCGCACUCCUUGUGACAGACAAGAUGUCCAAGCCGAGAAAACGCCCAAAAAAGAUUUUAAUACUUGCGCGCUGUCAGUCGUAUUAGAGGAUGAGCAAACUUCACAAGUACCGAAGCCUUCACCGAGAAAGAAGAGUAUUAGUCCUUCGUCGACAAAAAAAGCGGUUGUUACAAAGCCAAGAUUAUUUAUAACUCCUGGAAAGACACCUGUUAACAAGAAUUGUAAACCGAAACGCACGUAUUUUCCCAGUUUACUACCGAAAAUGAAUAAACAAAACAAGCAUGUAAGUCCUCAAGCGAAGAACAUUUAUCGACAAAUAGGAAAUUACGAUCACGUAAUAUCGCCAGUUGGAAUGUACAUAAAAGGCGCAGAGUCUCAUCUGACCAAAAAUUUGAAAUCUAUAACAGAUAAAAUAUUAUUAACACCUAAAAAAAAGACCACACAAUCGUCCAAUUCAAAAAUGGAACUUCAGCUAUCUCCAAAACCAAAAGAGAAGCUGACUGGGACAAUAGGAGAUGAAAAUGUUGCUGAUAACAUUUUGCAUCCAAAAAUGCAUUACAAUUAUCCGUCGCAUUCAUGUGUAAUAAAAAAUACCAUACACAUGCGCACAUACAUAUUUGAAUUUAAAUUAUUUUGCAUUAUAUUAUUUUAG